GGGAUGUGUACGUGCAUGUGUAUGUGUGUGUGUGUGUGUGUGUGUAGGCAGUUGCUUUGCAGUGACACAGGGUUAAAUAUGAAGUAGUGUCCCCCCCCAUGUGAACACAGUGUCUCUCAGUUUAUUCUGAUGCAUCGGGAUGUCAAAUAUUCAGCAACAAGCACAUGAACAUUAAUAAAACACACGUUGGGUCGCAUGGAGAAUCUCAAAGCCCACUUUGAAUGGUUCCAGAAUAACCACAAAAUGAUAAGAAAGAGUUAGCCCUAUAUCGUCAUGGAAACGUCUUUAACCCAACAUUCCUUCCUCAGAUUCCUGCCUAGGCUUUGUGAACACGGGGUCGCUGCAGCAGCACGCGGAGGAAAAAAAAGACCCGUCGAGGCUAAAACAGAUGCAAGUAUUUUUGUUGUAGGAGGUUGUGAGUCGCGCCGUUGGACAGCCACUUGGGCCAAUAUAUGCCCCGUAAAAUGAAGUCACAAACAUUGCGACUGUAGUCGACUCCCACUCGCCGGGGACGAGCACAGACGAGGCAUUAUGUGGAGAAGUACCAGCUGGUACCACGGUGCCCUCAUCCUCCUCGCCACUUCAUUCACUGGACCCUCCUGAGGCUGGGGACAUGGAGGACAAACCUGGACACAAACCUGCCAACCUCCUGCUGCGAUGCGUGCUGCUCGUCGCCUUCUGCAACCUCUGUCGUACGCAAAAGAUUUGUACAGUUCUUCCGGGGCCCGUGUUUGUUCCAGAGAACAACACCGUUGAUAUCGUGGUGGCAAAAAUCAACGCCGAUAGCGACGUGAGGCUGACCAUUGUCAAAAACCCGGAGGAUCUCUUCUUCUUAAAGGAGGUUGAAGUGCUGGUGAAGAAAGGCCUGGACUAUGAGUCCCCAUCAGGAGCAGAGGCCAUGGUGGUGCAGGUGCAGUGUAGCAGAUCAGGCUCCAGAUCUGUGAAUGUCUCCGUUAAAGUGUUUGUUCAAAACGUCAACGACAACCCGCCAAACUUUCUACAGGACCACUAUGUUCUAGAAGUGAAUGAGCUCAGCCCCUUGAACUCCAGCGUUGGAGUUGUAGACGCUUCGGAUAUUGAUUCGGAGGUGCUGUACUAUCGCUUAGAGCCCACCACAGACAAGUAUUUUCGUCUUGAGAACAUUAACACUCCGAGGAUACUGGUCCAAAACAUAUUGGACUAUGACGUGAUACAAAAGAUCAAUUUGGUUUUGCAUGUCCAGGACAUACUCAACGGUUCGACCUCCAAUAAGCCCUUCUUCACAUCGGUGGCCACAAUCACAGUCCAUGUGAAGGACAUUGACAACAGGCCUCCAUGGUACCAGCCCUGUGUGAGGGCCAACUUAGGAAUGGCAAAGUUAUGUGUCAGCACCGGCUAUAAGGGCAGAGUCAACCUGACCGAGAAAGAGGAGGGGAACUUGAUACUGGAGCCAGGUCCUCUGUACGCAAAGGAUGGAGACAAGAAUCGAAGCGAGUCCAUAAGCUAUAAAAUACUCAGAGGGAACGAGGGAAAUAUCUUCCAGAUUAAUGAAGAAACAGGAAACAUCUCCAUGGUGAAGGCUGCUGACAUCGUCGGUCCAAUCACUCUCGUUGUUCUGGCUUCUCAAGUGACCAACCGGGAUCAGUUUGCCAUGACACAGGUGACCAUAGAGGUGAUGAAGAAGAGCCGGAACCCACCCCGUUUCGACCGGGAACGCUAUGACGGCUUCAUCUAUAGCAACUCCAUACCGGAGAGCAUGAUCCUGCGAGACCGCACCUCCAACCGACCCUACAGGGUCCGGGCGGGGGAUGAGGACUUUGCUACUGGAGUGAACCCUGAUGUCCGGUACGAGGUGCAGUACAGCAGUUAUGUCAACGUCACCGCUGAGGGCUUUGUCAUUCUGAAGCGAGUGGUGAAGACCGAAUCCUUCGCACUGCAGCUCAAGGCUGUGGACACCACAACGGGGGAGUACGGUACAGCUGCCCUCACAGUUCAGGUUAUACCUGCGGUGGCUGUCCCCUCCCAAACCGGGGGCGGCUACCGGGCGGGGGACAUGGCUCUCCUGGGUCUGAUCAUGGCAGCCGUGCUGAUUCUCUGCCUCAUCGUGAUUGGCUUCCUGAUUUCGCACUUGUGGAAGGGGAACAGCAACGUCAAUAAGCUAUCCGAGUGCCUGAGCCCUUGCCUGCGCUCCAAGCAGCACAAGAGCGGCCACAGGGACUCCAUGCAGUACACCAACGACGGCUUCCAGAACGAGGGCGACCCGAGUCGCGGCGGCGGCGGCGGGGGCCGGCGCUGUGCCGCCACCAAGCGUAGCACCGUCCCGCAGGCCAGGGGACGGGUCAUCCCCAUGGAGCGCCGGGGCCACCACUGCUCCUCGUGCGGCCUCUACACCAACCACGUGCCCAAGGGAAGCCCCCUGGCACGGGCGUCGGGCCGGAUCUGGGAGGACCUGGAGACCAAGCUCAAGCGGAGGAAGAGGGAGGGGCAGAAGACUGUGUGGUUCAAGGAGAGCGAGGACUCCUCGGACAUCGAGGUGGAGAUAAUCCCCGACACGGUGGGCCGGGUGGCCGAGGAGACGGCGGAGGAGAUGGACGCCGAGAUGGAAGGGGGGGCCGGGGAAACGGUGGCGGCGACAGAGGGUAGCGGGGAAGGGGACGCAAAAACGGAACCUAGUGAGGAUGUGGGCGCCGGAGGUAGUGACUCUGCCAAGGAGGGAGAGGAGGUGAACGGAGGAGGACACGAGGACACCGGGGGUCAAGCGUAAUGAAAUCCCUUUUUAAAUGAUUUCUUCAGUAGGCCUCGACUAUUGGAGAUGAGUUCACCAAACUGAACAAAGUGCUGUUUGUUCUCGUGUUACAUUCUCCAUGUGUCAGCCAACGGAGGACUCUGUGAUAUGAAGCUGAAUUCUUGAUGAUUCAGCGUCGCUGGAUAUCGGCCCAUCCCCCGUUUCUACAUCGCAACUUCAGAGAACAGUGAAUGGAUGGUGGUGUUACCAUUACAGGGGCAGAACCUCGUCUAGGAACCUCAUUUCAGUUUUCAAUUAUUAAGCAAGUUAUCGACGUUAAGAUUUUUUUAACUUUUUGUUAGGCCCGUGAGAGCAUCCUGAUCUCAAUUUCCCUUUUGAACUCAGGAUGGUCUGAAGUGAAAUGCAGUGAACGACCAGUGGGGUACCACUACGCCAAGGCUACUGUGAGAUAUCAAAUUCCCUGCAUGUGCAAGAACAUAUCAACCACUACACAAAUUGACGGUGGACGUCAAUGGCCAUUUUAUAUCGCAGACCAAAAUAAUACCAAUCUCAAGGGGUGUCCAAUGGGAAAGUGGAUGAUGUACAGCAUGCACAUGGAACUGCCCAUCACAGGACCACUACAUAGGCACAUAAAUGGGCCCAUGCAAGCAGGUGUGGGUAAUGCAUCAAUUCAUGGAUCUAGUGAAUACUAAAAACAGGGACUUUUCUGUGGAGUUUAUUUCAUUGUUGUUGAUAACCAUUUGUGAUAGAGUAUGUUAAUAUAAAAGCUGACAUUUUGUAUAGAGUGGAAAGUGUAGUUUUGAUGGAAUAAUAAACAUUGAAAGAUACGUCA